AUGUUGAGUGAUCUAAAACAAAUGGGCAAGUUAACCUUAGUCCGGGAAUAUAAUAGAGAGUUCUCAAGAUGGCUCUUGCAGAUCCCAAGUAUGACAUCUGCGGAACAGAUAUUCCACUACAGCCAGGGACUUAAGACCCGCACAAGAAUCGAGGUCGAGCGGGCGGAACCACAAUCAUUACAAGACGCUAUGAAAAUUGCGGACAGACUUGAUAGUCUCUUCAAUAGUGACAAAAAGAAGCAGUAUUCAAGAGAGAACAACGGUAAAGAGUCCGUCAAAGUAUGUACAUUCUCACCAUACAAGAAGAGAACAAAUACAAAGAGGCAAGCUCUACUAUUAUUCAACGGGGAGGUGCAAGAUGCAACCGACAAUUCCCGUUGCACUAUUCUGGUAGACAGUGGGUGCGAAGAAAUAGUAAUAUCAAAGGCAUAUGCAGAGAAAUUGAAGUUGAGAAAGGGGAAUACUAACCUGAGUGCAGAACUAUGGGAACGAACACUUGUUCCUAUGGAACGGUGUUGCGAGAACCUUAUCAUACGGAUUGGGGAAGCUACCAUUACCGUACGGCCAUACGUGGUGGACUGGAUUGCUUACGACUUAAUCCUAGGCAAAGCGUGGUUAUCCGAAGCCAACCCUUUAAUCGAUUGGAAAAUGAACCGUAUGCUCCUUAAGCAGGAAGAAAGGUUAAUAACUCUGGACGCAGAGGCUCAUAAGCAUGAGGAAGCCCGCCUGACAUACAUGCUUACGAGUAAACAGUUCUUAGACGGACUCCUGGGAGAAUACAGAUGCGUAUUCCCGCAGGAUCUGCCUAAAGGAUUGCCUCCGAAAAGAUCCGUUGAAAUGAGAAUAGACUUAGAAAUGGAUGCAAGACCCAAAACGGGUCCCAUCUAUAAACUUUCAAGAAAAGAGCUGGAAGAAAUGAAGAACCAGCUAGAAGAAGCCCUUGAAAAUGGAUUCAUACGCCCAAGUAUAAGUCGUUGGGGUAGCCCUGUCCUGUUCACUCCAAAGAAAGACGUAUGGGAUCAAGUAGGAGGAUCGAAAUACUUCUCCACCAUUGAUCUAAGAUCGGGGUAUCAUCAAAUAAGGUUGAGGGAUGCUGAUAUUCAAAAGACAGCAUUCCGAACUAGAUAUGGUCAAUACGAAUACCUAGUAACGCCCUUUGGAUUAACAGGGGCUCCAGGAUGCUUCCAGACACUCAUGAACAAUAUCUUCAGACCACACUUACAUAAGUUUGUCCUUGUCUACUUACACGACAUCCUUAUCUACAGUAAAACGAAAGAGGAUCAUCUGAACCAUCUUAGGACAAUACUGCAAAUAUUGAAGGAGCAUCAACUAUACGGGAAGCUUUCAAAGUGUAAAUUCCUUUGUCAUAAUCUUGAGUACCUUGGCCACAUAAUAAGUGAGAAUGGUAUUCAAGUGUGUAGUAUAACCCCCCCCCUGGGGCUUUAUUUUAGAUUAGAUCAACUCAGAAUCGGAUCGGUUACUGUAGAGCUCGAUUCUCUACAGUACCACCACGUGUAA